GACGCGCGGUGGUGAUGAGGAAACACGCAGAAGAAAGAGGGCACAGAAGUUUCACGGUUUAUUGAGGAGCAGAGCGCGGAGCUCCGCCGGCUCGGGACACACGUCCACACACGUCCUGCUCAAACACUUGAAACGCUUGAAUGGUCUCAGCUCAGCUCAGUCUGACCCGCAGGACGCCAUCGGUGCAGCGCCAGGAGCAUGAAUGACGCUGAGCAGGUUGAAAUGAAAGGGAGGCCCGUGCUCGCACCGUCCACGCUCGUGCCACGGCCCCAGUCCGGUCCUCGGUCACAACCAGCACUGGGGAAGUUAUGAGCUGUGCGCAUGCGUCCUGGUGCGCCUGUCUAACAGAUCUUUGGUGCGCCUGCGUGCCCCCGCAGUCUUCCGGUCUUUGCUCGUCCUCAACAAUAACAACAAGCGGACUAAGUGUUGGUGGAGCCCCCGAGGAGCACCGCAGUCCCGGCUGGGCGUGCGGUGUGGAUCCUCCCGCCGCAGAGCGAGCCAUGUCGCGCCGGCGUGCGGCCACAUGUCGCGCGCGUGAAGUUGGAGGCGCAUGAACACGCAGCGGCAUCUCACGGGGUGAAUGAAUGAACCCGUCCGGCACCUUCUGAAGUGCGUGUCUCAGCGGACUGAGGCUUCAAGUAAAGUAUGUACUGAGCCCUCGGAGGUUUAAUCCACUGGCAUGAGACGAGUCAGGGAUCAUUGUAUGAAACCUGUGGAACGACACACGAGGGCUGCACUCAGAGAGUGCAAACCUCUACCAAGCAGCUUCUGCUCACCCCAGCAGAAUCUCUUUUUCCAGCGUUGCACCCACAAGUGCCAAAGAUGGUUUCUUUCUCCCGGACCCAGGUGGCGAUCCCAAUCACUCUUCCUAUUUCCCGGAAGAUGAAUCCAAAUCCCUCCAUAACUUUGCGAGUUGUUGUGGCCUCAAAGACAGGAACCAUGGUGGAGAACGUGACCUCCUUGAGACUUUCCAAAUCGUGUUUUCUGGCAGUGAAACAAAGGAUGACGCUCAACGUUUACCAUCUCGUCCAUCCACCAGGCUGUCGUCCCGCCUCCAUCCUCCGCAGUGAAAGUCCGGACCUGGUUUUGGCGCACGCUCUCUGCUGGCCCGAUGGCGGAGACGUUAAAGUAUGUGGACGAUGAACACAAGAGCAUCUUCCUCAAGCUGCUGAAUGAGCAGCGGCUGGAGGGCGAGCACUGUGACAUCGCUGUUGUCGUUGAAGACGUCAAGUUCCGUGCCCACCGCUGCGUCCUCGCCGCCUGCUCCAAGUACUUCAAGAAACUCUUCAAAAAGCAUGAGGUGGACAACUCCUCUGUCAUCGAGAUCGACUUCAUCCGCUCGGACAUCUUCGAAGAAGUCCUCAACUACAUGUACACGUCCAAGAUCUCUGUGAAGAGACGAGACGUCAACCUGAUGAUGUCCUCGGGACAGAUUCUUGGAAUCCGCUUUCUAGACAAACUCUGCUCGCAGAAGAGAGACGUGACGGCUGAGGACAAGGACAAGUUUCCUUACGACAUUGUGAAGAUGGCGCUGCCUCCAGAGGCGCAGCUGGCUGCCGAUGCUGAGGCUCUUGUCGACGAUGACUCGCCUCCAUCCGAUGACCUUGUCGACACUGCAGCCAAUCAGGAGCUUGAUAAGUCUCCCACCUCUGCACUUCGUGUCCAGGAGGCCAUCCUGAAGGAACUGACCAAUGAGGACGUCCACAAGGUGACCUGCUAUGACCAGGACGUGGUGACUGACAUGGAGACGGAGCCCAAAGAUCUGGGCGCAGAGCAUCACGCCACACAAACGCUGACGUUUGCCGAGAGCAUCGGGGGGGUGAAGGACGAGCAGACCCCGAGCUGGUCCACUGCAGCCGCCGACAUGAAGUUUGAGUAUUUGCUCUACGGAGCCCGGGACCAGCUGGCAUGCCAGGGCUGUGGCAAGACCUUUUUGGACGAGACCCGACUCAGGAAACACGAGAAGCUUCACUCAGCUGAGCGGCCGUUCUCCUGUGAGAUCUGCUCCAAAGCUUUCACCACACAUGCGCACCUGAAAGAGCACCUGAAGAUCCACGCCGGGUUCAAGCCGUAUCGGUGUGAGGUUUGCGGGAAGUCCUUCAUUCGAGCGCCGGACCUUAAAAAACACGAGCGGGUCCACAGUAACGAGAGGCCCUUCACCUGCCAGCUGUGUGACAAGGCCUUCAAACACAAGUCUCACCUGAAGGACCACGAGCGAAGGCAUCGAGGAGAGAAGCCGUUCGUCUGCCAGUCCUGCACCAAAGCGUUCGCCAAGGCGUCAGACCUCAAGCGCCAUGAGAACAACAUGCACAGUGAGAGGAAGCACCUGAACCUUCAGAGUGAAGCGGAGACUCUGCAGGCUGUUGCCAUGGCAGCCGAGGAGCAGCACCUGGACUCCAUCAGCUGAUUCUCAGGGUUCUCCACCGGACUGGACCUCAUGACUGCACUGAUAAUAAAGAAUCAUUUUAA